GCUCCGCCUCCCAGCUGGCGGAAAAGCAGAGCUCGCCGCGGGGCGAAGGGAAUUCCCCUGCAAAGACGCCGGCGCUGUCGGGGUUGCCAGUCAGGGGCGGAGCGUGUUCACCGGCCCGGGGGUGGCCGGCAGGGCUUUGCCAUCGCACUGGCCCUCAUCUUGCGGCUGUGCUGUGUGUGGGCUGCACAGGGCGGAAGGAAAGCUCUCGCUGUCCUGUUUUGGGCAGCCCUGCAAGGCAGCAGACGCUGCUCGCGGCGGCGGGGCUGGGGUAGCCGCGGCUGCCGCAGACGCUUCGGUUACUCUGCAGCGCGGCGGUCGUUGGCCGCAGCCGGCCCGGCAACGCUCCCGGCACUCGCUCCCUGCGCGGCUGCCAAGCCCGGGGCAGGAGAGGCUGAACGGACGGGUCAGUCCGCUCCACUCCUCGGGGCUGGGAUGCCCACCGAUUCUCCUGCCGGGCUGAGGCCGGGACGUGCAGCCGGGCGGAAACCCCUCUCCACCCUACCAAACAUGGCGCCUGCUCCCCCGGAAGCUGGGCGGGGCGGCCUCUCCGUCCCUCCCAUGCUGCCCUGCGGCGGCGGCCAUUCAAACCCCAGCCCGCCGCUCAUCGCCGGGCAGAAAAUGGCGGCUCCCGGCAUUGCGGUGGUGCCCGGUGCCGCCCCCCCAGGCUCUCCCACACCCCCCCUCCUCAUUGCGGAGGCGCCCCCGAUCCUGGAUUGUGGCGGCAGGAUGACGCCUCAGCGCAGCGGGACCACAGCGGCUUCCCCCUCGGUGUCGGUGGUGUUCCCGGGCACCGUGACCCGGGAGAGCUGCUGCCGCUUCGUCUGCGAGCUCCUGAAGCACAUCCUGCACCAGCGGCACCAGCUCCCGCUGCCCUACGAGCAGCUCGCCUUCUUCUGCCGGCGGCCGCCCCAGGAUGGAGAUGAGAUGAAGAAGCCACACUCCAUGGACCUGGCAAGCAAGAAGUGUCAGCAGGCACUGAUGGACCUGGAGAGGGUACUCCAUCACUUAGAAGUAAUGUUUCAUUUGACACCAGUUCCUCGGGUUCUUAUUCUACUUGGAGGCAAUGUCAUGAACCCCAAGGAGUUCUAUGAGCUCAGCUUCGAGGGUGUCUGUGAGGGCAGUGCUGAGGAGAGCCUGAAAACUGCAUCCUGUGUUCGCAAGCUCUUCCACUCACUCUUUAUUGCUGAUGUCUUCAGUGAACUUAAGGCUCUCCCGGUCAUGGACACUAUUGUUAUGAUCCAAGGACACCGCGACUGUGGUGUUGAUUGGUUCCACCCCAAGCUCAACUAUAAAGUACCAGCCCGAGGGAGGAAACUGACUGUUAACUUAUCCUGUGGUGGAGAUAUCAACCUAAGUGCCUCACCUUCACAGCCUAUGGAUAUGGAUUCUACUUGGGAGGACUACAUAUGGUUUCAAGCACCCGUGACAAUCAAAGGCUUUCGUGAAUAAGCUGUCUUCUGUAGAACUUUAAUGGAAUAUUGAAUAAUCUUUAGUUCUGUUUUAAGUGUAGAUGAGUUUAUCAAAUGGUUUUGGUUUUUUGUUUGGGGGUUUUUGGUUUAUAAUCCUUCUAUUUGGAACUCUUUUCCAGGGCAUCUGAUGCUUUCCUAUAGUUGGACUGUGUUAAUCUCCUGAAAUAUUGUUGAAAGCAAAAAAAAAAAAAAAAAAAAAAAGGCACAGUUGCACACAAAUCUAGUGAUUCUUUAGGGACAUGAAUUGUGGCAUAGGAGAUGAAUUAGUGUGUUGGGGAGUAAAACUUUACUGACACCCACUUACAGAACUGGCAAAUACUGGUUACAGCUUUAUCUCUCCUGAGUUUUAGUGCAGCCAUUUUUCUGGUAAUAAUCACUGCAUUAGCUGAGUCUUUGGGACUCUAGAUAAUGUAUGUGAUUAUCCAUACACUUUGUCUUUACUAUGAAGACCAUAAACAUUCUUACCUACACUAUUCCUGUAAAAGAAGACCUUCCCUGCAGUCAGAACAGGCUUAAGUACUCGAGUGUUAGCCCAUCCAUUUGUUAAAAUUAGAUUUUCUCAUAACUCCAUUUCAGCUAUUUAAUGCUCCAGAGAGUGAGACUUCUCAAGCAACUGGGGGGGGUCUUAGCACGAUUUUGUAUUGAUGAUGAAAAGAGGCUGGAGUCUUGUGAAGAUGAGGAAGUGCAUCUUCCUAAAUUUGUUUUACUGACCUUUGGUCCAACAGCUUUAACAAUUGCUUAGGAAUACAUUUAAAAUUAAAAGCAAGCAGUUUCUUCUUCUCUUUAGAGGAAGUUAGGAUUCCUGCCCCAAUAUACUAGUUUAUUCUGAUUUAAAUCAACAACAAAAAAGGGGAGUAUGAUAAAAAUCACUGUGAUCAAUACCUGUCAAAUUUCCUGUUCUAAAUCAGAGUGUAUUACUUGGAAUUAGAACUUGAGCCCUUUCUUCUGGCCUGGUGUCUAGAGCAGAAUGGGACAGGAAAGGAAAGAAACACUCUGAGCACAGGGUGUCAGAACUAGAUAGAUGCAGGAACUAUGCUGGGUAUGCAUCUGUAAUGUAGUGAUCUUAAGAGCUCUGUUCCAUUUGAUGAGAAACUUUAACCUACUGGUAGUGAUGUUGCUUGCAAUUUCAUGCUAUAAAAAAAUUGCACAAUGGGGUGGUAAAAAUCCUUCAAAAGGAAGGUAAAGGUUGAAGUAACCCUCUGCACUUGGUGUGUAUUUGAACUUUCACGUUUUGGAAUGAAAUUAAAUUAUAGAACUAGAAGGAAAUUAAGCUGGUAUUUUUGAGCUUGGAAAAUGCUAAGAGUGCUGUCUCUGCCUUACUCUUCCUUAACAACUGUUUAUAAUGUAUAGUAACUGCUAUAAUACUAGCUCUAAGGGAAGGACUGUUAGAAUGAAGAAAGCUGCUGUCUUAUGUGCAGCUGCCCUCUGGAAUAUGUAAUUGCAGGUCACUUGAAUUAAAUACAACUUGAAAGCAGUAGUGUUUGUGUUCAGGAGAUCAAGAAUCUUUACACUUCCACUGCAAUUGCUUUUAAUGUAUAUUUAAGAAUACUAGGACUCCGUGUAUUUAAAAAAGCUUUUGACCACAAGCUUUAGCUCUGAGGAACAGGGUGCCAGUUAUUUUCGGCUCUUUUCCCCAGAUAAGUGCAAUGUUACUGCAUUAAACUGUUUACAUACUCUGUUAUACUUGAACAAUGAAUGCAGCAAUGAAAUGGUGCCAGGAAUGAA